AUGGGUUUUAGAGAUUUCAAAGCUUUUAAUUUAGCUAUGUUAGCUAAACAAGGGUGGAAAUUAUUAUCAAAAUCUCAUAAUCUCGUCUCUCGCAUAUUCAAAGCAAGGUGGAGCAUUGGUGAUGGUAGUAAUAUAAAUAUUAUGAGAGAUCCUUGGUUGAGAAGUAAGGAAGGCGAUUACAUUACUGGCCCCCAGAUCUCAGGUGUGUAUGACAUGUGUGUGAAUGAUCUUUUACUCCAUAACUCUAAACAAUGGGAUACCCAAGCUAUUCAUGCCUUAUUUGAUCAUGCAGUGACAAGUGAAAUUAUGAAGGUUCCUCUGUUAGGAGAGGUGACAGAGGAUGGCAUAAUAUGGAAAGAGGAAAAGAACGGUGAGUAUAGUGUGCGAUCGGGCUACCGGUUAUGGAGGAACUCUCGGCGCCAUAAUCAGGUAGGGAGCGGUGCGGAAGUUUGGGAUAACAUCUGGAACAUUAUGGCCCCUCCUCGAGCGAAACACUUAUUAUGGAGGAUUUGUAGACGUUGUUUGCCGUUGAGGGUCAGACUCCUCCAGCAUUAUGUCCAAUGUCCUUCUGUGUGCCAAAGUUGUGAAGUUGGCGUGGAAGAUGAUUGA